CGUUCUGAAUCGAAAACGCGGAAGUCUGUCCUCAGCCGUCGUCUAGUGUUUUGAUACUUCAUUUACCGAUAUUGAAGUGUUUUCUUGUCAUUAUGAAGCGAUAAGAUCGCAUUUACAUAACAUUUUGACUUACAACAAUCAUACGUCGGCGUAUAUGUUGCGUUAUUGCGGGAGCUCCUGCGUUCAAUGGAGGAGUUGUACACUCUGGAGAAGGAGGUCGGAAGAGGCAGCUAUGGGGUUGUUUUCGAGGGUCACAUGACCAGAACAGGACAGAAAGUGGCCAUCAAGCGUCUUCCUUGCUACAACCCAGAGUGUAUAGAGCUUUAUCUGCAGGAACUCUGGGUCAUGAGAGCCACAGCCCAAAACCACGUCAAUAUCAUUGCCCUGCAUGGGUGCCUGUUGCAGACCGGACCAAGAAGCCUGAAGCCCCUCCGAGCCGGGAAGCUGCCGCCUCACCUAGUUGAAAGUGUUUUGAAGGGCAGAGUUGUCGGGGCCCCCCAGGAGAGAACCCCUCCUCCGUCGUUCAUCAAGAGGAGAUCUCACUCGACCACCAGACUUUUAGACCGGACCAACACCAUCCAGGUCGGAGUGAAGCCGCGAGAUAAGUCCCGUGUGUCUGAUUCCACCACACCUCAGCGGCCUCGAAGCGUGAGGAAAAGAUCAGCGCGGCGAGAUGAAGACCAGUCGGCGUCCUUGGGCUCUUCUGCCCUGUGGUUGGUGAUGGAGUACUGCGAUGGCGGCGACUUGAAUCAGUUCCUUCUGUCACGGCGGCCCGACGCUGAGCGUAACCACAGUGUGUUACGACAGCUCUCCAGCGCCGUGGCCUUCCUCCAUAAACUGGGCAUCGUCCACCGGGACCUGAAGCCAGACAACGUGCUCGUGUGUGACACGCCAACAGGCCCAACUAUCAAGGUGGCAGACUUCGGUCUGAGCAAAAUGAGCGCAGGCCUAACAGAGGGAGGUUUACCACGGCAGCACUUCUCCUCCACGUGUGGCUCCGACUUCUACAUGGCUCCAGAAGUUUGGGGUGGACUCUCUUACACCGCGCAGGCAGACAUCUUCUCCCUGGGGGUGAUGUUCUGGGCCGUGCUGGAGAGGAUCACUUUCCUGGAGGAAGGAAGCACGCAGGAACAACUGGGCGCCUACGUGUGCAAGGGUCGCUCCGGCUGGCUGAUGCCGCUCGGCGAGGCCAUGUGGGAGAACGCCGACACCCAGCUGUGCAUCCCCAUGAAGUCUAAAAGGGCGCCCCCACUGCCGCCCCCUCCCGGCCCGGCCAUGUGCGCCCUGCUUUUAGACAUGCUGGCCUCAGACCCGGACUGCCGACCUCCCGCCGACCAGCUGCAGACCCGAGUUAACGCCGCUCUGGACGAGGACUCCCACUGACAGGAGCUGUUCGGGCAGGAAUGACCACUACAUGGGUGUCUUCCCUCCCCCAGCUGCAACGCUCAUGCAGGGCAUGGGACCACUCAUUUGGGACCUCUUGAAUUUGCAGACGGUGCCCGAGAUUAGACAUAUUUACAGGAGCGAACUGGCUUUGUCUGCUUGGACCCUGAAUGGAAAACUCUGGACCCCCGACUGCACUAUAUGUGCGUGCCUCAGAUCCACUGGGACCAUCUUGAGUACUAUUUGAUGUUUGUUGACGUCAAAGGCCUUUUUAUAAAUGUAUGUAUUUUUUACUGGUGACCACAUGACACGCAAAAGGAUCAAUGAAGCAGCUUUUUUAAAAUUCCUCUUUUUUAUAUAAGAGUCAAACGCUUCGUUGUUCCUUAUGAAAUACUGCUUACAAACUAAUAUAACCUUUAACAUACUUGAAUUUUUUUUUUUUAGGUUUUCAAGUGGAGGGUAGAAUGAAACACGAUUUAAACUCUGGCAGGGGAAUGUUUGUUUUAAACCCCAUCGUUCUCCAAAAUGCACCAAAAAUGUUGCUCGUCCAUUCAAGGCAUUGCAGCAGCACCUUUCUAUCUUGACUUAGUGUUUUCCUGUGUUUUUUACCUCCAUUUUUUUUGUGUGCGUGUGUGUAAUAAAUGGAAAUGCGACCUAUUUUUGUUAAUUUUGAAUGCCAGUUGUGGACUUUUCUGAAAAUACUUGUCUUUGUAGAUGAAAAGUUCAAUAAACCUAAUCUAUUAUG